CGUUUUUUUUAGCCGGGUCUGUCUUCGGGUAUUUCCUUUCCUCUCUCUCUCUCUCUCGAUCGAUAUAUAUUAUAUACAUCACCAAAGGAAAUCUCCCAAACACAUGCUGGAUGAUCACGGGGAAGAGCAUCCAUACAAAAAUGGGCGCGCAGAGGACUUCUUUGGUAGCAACUCAAAGAAAGUCAUGCCUGAAACGAAAAAAAAGUGACAAAAAAAUAAGUAGGAGCAUCAAAAGGAUAAAAGCUGAUAUGAUAGAGAUCAGCGAGGGACAAAAACGCAUAAGAGAGGGACAAAGGGAAGUCAGGGAAAAAUUUCAAGAAAUAAGUGAAGAGGCUGCUAAAUUAAAAGAGGAGACUCAUCUGAUCUCCAAGCAGAGUGCCGCAAAUGAACUCAGGCUUCAUCUUAUGUUCCAAAUCAUCAAAGCAAGAGCAGAGAAUGAUUAUGCCAAGGACGCCCUACUCACUCAAAACUUACGUGAUCUAAUGGGAAGCAAAGCCUUAGCAUGAGCAAGCCCUCGUAGGAGAAGCAAGAACAGGGUUAGUGAUUAACCCUGUUUCUUAUGGCUCGUACUGCUCCCCCAAGAACUAUAUAUCAUAUGGUGUUUCUACUCUGCAGUUCAAUUUGCAAUACAUACGUUGUAUGGAUUUCUACGGGCCCUAUUCAAUUGUAAUUUGUACCUCUUAUUCCAAUUGUCUACGUCCGAGUCCAAGGAGUUUUUCUUCUACUUUCAUUUCUGUUUGUUAUUACCAUGUUUUUGUAAGAAAAUAAUUAUGUUUUAUAUUCACGUCA